AUGAAAAAGAAAGUGCGAUCCGGAGAAACAGUCAACAAUAUUAUCAGCAGUGAUAGCAUGAUAAGUUUAGAUACUACGAUCGGUUGUCUCUCUUUGCUUAAUAGCAUCAAAUUGAUUGUGAUAAUUGGAUUGUUAUCAACAUUAGCUGUUUCAAUAUUAAUUAUUAUGUAUUUUCGACCAGCUAUACUAGCCAUAAUAAUUCCAAUAACAGUAAUCUCAACGACUCUUUAUGGCAUUUUACGACGAAAACAUUUUUAUCUUUGGCCUAUGAUCGGUAUUUCGUGGUUUCAUUUAAUUCUUACGCUAUAUUUCGAUCUUUUCUUCAUAUAUUUCUUCAUUUUCAAACCAAAUUAUAUUAUUAUGGUUUUAAAUUGGAUAUUUGACACACUUCACACGAAAAAAACAAUAUCAUAUUUUGUGCAAUGUAUAGUAAUAAUCAUUUUAACGACAGCAUUUGGAUCAUUUAAUUUAUGGCAAUUAAAUGUUUUAAUGAUUUUCAAACGAUUUCUAAGACGUCAAACAAACAGCGAUCAAUCAUCACAAAUUAUUUCUAUUACAAUUGCACCAGAUGAAAAGAUAUUGAAUGACAAUAUAUUUGACAAUAAGGUAUGGCCAGGAGAAUGUUUCAAGAAUUCCAGAUGCAUUGAUCAUAGGACUUUGUAUCGAUAA